AUGUUUAACACUUAAAAAAUUGAAAAACAAAGAAGAUCAAAAGAAAGAUUUGUCUAUGAGGCUUGCAAUUUAGUUCAACAAUGGAGAGAUCUCUUUAAAAAUGGCUACACAGAUUAUGCAGGCAACUUUAUUAAGCCAACAUUAAAAGAAGCAGCCAAUCUUAUUGGAUGCUCCAAGAAAACUUUAGAGGACUAUUAUAGUAUUAUUCGAAAAGCCUCAUAAAUAACAGACAUAAAUCAAUGUUUAUAAAAGAAAAUGGGGCAUUUGAGAUAACUUUUGAGACAAAAAGAAGAAAAUUUAAAUGUAGCUGCCCCUAUUUUUUAAGAGGUAGAAGAAAAAAAUCCCUCAAAUGAUAGUUGGAAUAAUUUGAUAAUUGAAGCUGACGAUGAAAAUCAAGAGGAUCCCAACUUAAACACUGAUAGAUAUUUCAUUGAGACUCCAAUUGAAUGCGAAAGAUCACCAAUAUAAUAUGAAAGAGAAUAAUAAUAUGAUAAUGAAUACAGCCAUACAGAAAUUAAUUCCAAUCAAUAUUGGAAGGAGAUAUAAUUUGAAGAAGAAAAUGACAUGGCAAUAGCAAAUUAAGAAUAAGUUUUCUUUGAUUUCUGA